AUGCGGACGUUGUCGCCCGCCGGCGUCGUCGCCACGAGAGUCGCGAGCGGCGCUGGCGGAGGCCUCGGCCACGGGCCCGUGGAGCGCCAUGUCGGCAGCGGCCACGGGAGCCGGUCCAGCCUGCGCGGAGGCCACUGCGAGAGGGGUUACUCCCAGGAGCAGUGGGGCCCCUGGAAGAGUCACUCCCUUCUGCUUCAGCAGGCGAUCGCGGAGACCGGUUGGCAGGAGCGGGCGGGGCCCUCUGCCGGGAUGGCGGGGCAGGCCUCCGCGCCCCGAGAUGCAGGGCUGCACGAGAGCGCCCAGUGUCUGCUCAAGCUGUUCAAGGAGACCGGGCGGAGCAAGGAGGGGCACCUCAGCAGGGAUGAGUUCACGGCGGUCAUGCAGCGCUGCGGAUGUGGUGGAACCAUGCACAUAGGUGCAUUCUUCGAACUCUUCGACCGCAACCAGGACGGCUUCUUGAACGAGACCGACUUCUUGGGCGGCAUUCUCGCUGUCAGCCCAUCCACGCCCCACAAGCCUGAGAACCCUGCCGGCCAGCUUCGGAUGCAGUUCAUAUUCCUCUUCUACGAUGUGAACCGCAACGGGCUCCUGGAGAUCGAGGAGCUGGCGAAGAUGAUCGGGCACAUCCAGCAGCUGCGCGGCCAGGCGCUGCCCGGAGACGCCACCGCGGACGCGGCGGCGCUGAUCUCCCGGUACGGCGGCCCGUUCGGGAGCACGCGCGCCUAA